AGUGUCCCCUGGAGAGCAGCAGACAUGAAGGCCACCCUGGCACUCGUAGCGGUGCUCGCCGUCAUGGCGCUAGCUGCCGCAGAUGAGGAGAAGUACACCACCAAAUUCGACAACAUCGACCUGGACGAGAUCCUCGCCAACGACCGCCUGAUGCACCAGUAUGAACUCUGCCUCACCGAGGAAGACGACAGGAACUGCACCCCGGAGGGCAAGGAGCUCAAGAAAGACAUCCCAGACGCUCUAGAAACUGAGUGCGCAAAAUGUAAUGACAAACAGAAGGAAGCCAUCAGGAAAGUUAUCAAGUUCUUGAUCAACCAGAAACCACAAACAUGGGAGAACCUGAAGGAGCAUUACGAUAAAGAUGGAAAAUACAGUGAGAAGUAUAAGAAGCUUGAGGAUGAGCUGAAAGAAUAAACACCUUGUUAACAUGUACAUCUGAUAUACCGAAUAAAUUCUUAUAGCAAAUUUA